AUGCUCAGGAUGCUACAGAAACUCCAGCUCCAACCGGGGAUGCUUCUACUAUUGAUAUGGCUCUGUCAUUUCAUGGAAGAUCAAAAAGUACAAGCUGGUAACUGCUGGUUACAGCAGGGGAAGAACGGGAGGUGUCAGGUGCUCUACGUACCGGGGAUGAGCCGAGAGGAGUGCUGUAGAAGCGGGAGGCUGGGGACGUCAUGGACUGAGGAGGAUGUACCCAACAGCACCUUGUUCCGGUGGAUGAUCUUUAACGGCGGAGCCCCCAACUGCAUACCCUGCAAAGAAACGUGCGACAACGUGGACUGUGGACCUGGAAAGAGAUGCAAGAUGAACAGGAGAAGCAAGCCACGCUGCGUCUGCGCGCCAGACUGCUCCAACGUCACUUGGAAAGGACCUGUCUGCGGAUCGGAUGGAAAGACGUACAAAGACGAGUGUGCGUUGCUCAAGUCCAAAUGUAAAGUCCAUCUGGACCUGGAAGUGCAGUACCAGGGCAAAUGCAAGAAGACCUGCCGUGACGUGUUAUGCCCGGGAAGCUCCACGUGCGUCGUUGACCAGACGAAUAACGCAUAUUGUGUGAUGUGUAAUCGGAUCUGCCCUGAACAGAGGUCACCGGAUCAGUUCCUGUGUGGCAACGACGGGAUCAUCUAUGCCAGUGCGUGCCAUCUGAGGAGGGCCACAUGUCUCCUGGGCAGAUCCAUAGGAGUAGCAUAUCAGGGGAGAUGCAUCAAGGCCAAGUCGUGCGAGGACAUCCAGUGCAGCGCGGGGAAGAAGUGUCUGUGGGAUGCCAGGAUGAGCCGAGGCCGCUGUUCCCUCUGUGACGAGGCGUGUCCGGAGAGCCGGAUGGACGAGGCGGUGUGCGCCAGCGACAACACCACCUACCCGUCAGAGUGUGCUAUGAAGCAGACUGCCUGCUCUCUGGGGAUGCUCCUGGAGGUUAAGCAUUCAGGAUCUUGCAACUCCAUUACAGAAGCCCCGGAGGAAGAGGAGGAGGAGGAGGAGGAGGAGGAGCAGGAAGAUCAGGACUACACGAUUUAUAUCCACCUGUCCUCCUUAUUGGAUGGAUAG